AUGCAAAACCCUAACUCUACGUGGUCUUAUGGUUCAAAAUCGGGUCACCUACUAAAUGGAAAAUUCACGCGUUUACAAAACUAUCGUUGGACCCAAAAAAUAGUAAACUGCAAUGAAACUUUCAUUACUCACGGUGUUUGUAUGCACAUCGGCACUAUUGAAAAUGGUUUUUCCGUUGCUAAAUUUACUGCACUAGUAAAUGGAGCAUAUAUUAUAAACGUAACAUUCUUGCAUGUUAGUGAUCAAGCAAUCGGCGACGGGAUCGAAAUAAAUGAAAAUGAUACGAUCGAUUUUCUUUUAGAUUAUAAUCAUAUGACUAAUGUGGAAAAAAAAUCCGCUGAAAAUUCAGUGAAUAAUGCUACAAUAAAAAAGCUACUUGUGUUUAGUGAUAAUCAAUUAUCAAAUUCAUGUCUUUAUCUAUCGGCAAUACAGACUGGUCUUGCUUAUGCAAGAAUUUGGCAUUUGGUAGAUGCCAGACAACGUAUAUUAGGCCGUUUGGCAACUAAAAUUGCGACAACUUUGACAGGGAAACAUAAACCCAUUUAUGAUCCUGCAUCUGAUUGUGGAGAUUAUGUCGUGGUAAUCAAUGCUAAAGAAAUAAUGGUAACAGGUAAAAAAGAAGAACAAAAGGUUUAUCGUAGUCAUUCUGGAUACCCCGGAGCAGUUUCAGGAAUGUUACCAAAAAAUCGAUUAAGAGAUGUUCGAUUAGAAAGAUUAAAAAUUUUUCCAGAUGAAAAUCAUCCUUAUGAGGCAAAUAUUAUUAAAAAUUAUGACCAUAUAUUUUUAAAUAAUCUACCUGUAGAUAAUAAGCCCAAAAAGAUGAGUCCAGAAAAAAGGAAAGAAUUAAAGGAAAAGAUCAAGAAAAGUGAUGUGAAUAAUGUUAAAGGAAAGAAAAAAAAAGGCGUAAAGGCAAAUCAAAAUCAUAUUAUAGAAGAUAUGAAUAAUAAUGUUUCAAUUAAUUCUAAUUUAAUUGAAAAAACCAUAAAAAAUCCCCAAUCAACAGCAGCGUUACGAACGUUAUACCAAUAUUGA